AUUCAGUUAAGCAUAUCCGGAAAUGUUAUUGUGGUGGUAUGAGAGGUAUGCUGCUACUGGAAAAAUUACUAAGUUUUUAAGCUUUCCACAUAUACAGUUGUACCUCCCUAACUCGAAUUCACCAUAAUUCACAAGCAACUUCGWGUUAGAGACACUUAGAGUUAUGGAAGGAAAAUCUUAUGAAAUUGAACUUAAGAGUUGGAGUUAUAAAAGUUCGAGUAAUGGAAGUUCAUCUGUAUAUGCAUAUUUAAUUAGAUUCAGUUAUAGGCCUACUAUAUCCAUUUCGGAGUUCGUUGCAAUUACUGUUGCAUAAAGUAAGGGUGUCGCAUAUUUGAUUGGGCAAUCAAAUAAUAAUUCCAGUGCCAGUUUAUUAUAGCCACCACUGUUUAGCGUAUCGGUCGGGUUAUUUAUACAGAAACCAGCUUAUAUUAAUAUAAUAAUGUGUAAUGUAGCGAAAUUACUACACAUAAAUAUAGUUAUAAGAAGUCACCAUAGUAAAACGUGUAAAUAUUAAUGAAAUAAUGUAAAUUCUCAAUAUAYUUCAUUCAUAUUAUUUUAUGCCUUAACCCCUCUAAUUUCGUCCUUUUCAAACACUAUUCGUUUGAAGACAGCUGUUUGAAUGAACGCGCGUACUCAAUCAUUUAAAAAUGCAGUUAUUUUGGUUGGGGGUCCCGUUUCAUGUGUUAUUAUUUUAUUUUGCAAACUAAUUGGAUUUUUCUCUCCCAAAUUACUAUAUAUAAUAAUAUUUGUAAAACAAAGCUCACGUGAUAAAAAUGGGAGACACUCAAAAUGAGUUGAGUCAAUUUGGAGAAUUAGAAUUCACAAAAUGUGGCGAAAUAAAAAUGUGUGCUAAGCGCUAUGAUUUUCAAUUAAGUUGUGUCCACUGUGAUAGUGUAUUUUCCCAAAUGGCUGUUUUCGCACGACAUCUAUAUUGGGAACACCAAUUGGGUUGUGAAUUACAAGGAAAAGAGCRAGGACGAAAUGAUUUAAGUAUUUACACCGUUGAAGAGUUGCUUACCAAUAAAAACAUUGAGAAUACCUCUUCGGACAAUGAAAAUAUCUGCAACACAACUUCUGAUGAAGAUGACACUGGUUUUGGCAGCGACGAGGAAUUAGAAAAAGAAAUUCAAGAAUUACUGACAAGUAUUGCCUCUGCCAAUUCCUCCUGCAACAAUGAAACGGAGUAUUCUGAAAAUGUUUCCAGUUUCGAGCACACAAAGAAUAUGCAUGGAAGCGAUAAAAACUUGCAAGAAAAAGACAUAAACAGGCACAAAAUAAACCUUCAAAAAAAUUUUGGAAGUGAGGCGUCGAAGGAAUCGGACACUGCAGACGCAAAAAUCUUACCUAAAAUAAUUACUAUUGWAAGCAAAAAUGUCAAUGAUUUCGRUAGAAGUAUUGUAAAUACAAAGACCAAUGGUGAAGUGCACAUGAACUAUACUUCAACAGAUCCUAAAAAGUCAACAAACUUUAUUAAGAAAAGUAAUUACACAAAAGAAGAAGUAAAUUACUCUGAGCACAAGGAAACAAAGUCUGAAAAUGCAGCACAAUUUGGAAAGAAAUUACCACUAAAACAAUAUUUGGAAAGCAAAAACUUUCUUUUGCAAAGUGAUGAUGAAAGCAGAAGUAAUAUCGAUUGGCCCAAAAAGUGUACAGGAAAUAAAAGGAAAGAUUUUGUUAGUAGUGUAUUGAAAUUGAACCCAAACGAAAUGCUAGCAAACCAAAAUAAACUAGAAAAGUUGCCAAAUAUUGGCGAUAUAGAAAGUGUUCGAUCUGCUUUGGAAGAUCAGACUUCAAAUACCCCAUGCAGUGAAAAAAAGACAAAUAAAGAAAUUUGUAUUGAGAAAGAUUGCAAUAAUAUAUUUACUUUAAGCGAAGACUUGCUAUUAUCCAAUGCAUCCAAUGAAGAAGAAAAUUACAAAAAGGGAAACAACUCCAGUGUUCAAGACAAAGAAACAAUUCUUAUGAAAACUAAUAGUACCGAAGAAAAACUAAUAGAAAUUAAAUACGACGCACCUACAAUGAAUGAUUACAGCUCUUAUCACAAAGCAUAUAUCAGUUACCUUGAGACAAACGAGAACUGCGGCUCUACUGAAGAAACUAUAAGCCAACAAUCAAAAAGUACAACACAUGAAAUGAAUAUUGAAAAACCGCUUGAUUUGAGUUUCAAUAAAUCCAAUGAAUGGGCUGAUAUGGAACUGGAGGAAAUUUCUGAGCUGCUAUCAAUCGAUGAGAAAGCCACCACGGAAUUGAUUACACAAGAACUUGACAAAUUAUUAGUGCAACAACAUACGAACUAUACUGAUAACCCCACGUCGUUAUUGAAUUCUGACCAAUURCAAAUAUCUGAUAUAGUCGUCGACAAUUUAUUGCCGCCAUUUUCCAAAUUUUUCACAAACAAUGARAACACUUUAAAAAAUUCCAAUAAUUUUAUGACACAAUCAACACCUAAAGAAAAGAAUAAGAAGACUAAGGAUCUCGCAAUAAAAACUACAAAAACAAAGGAGUGUAUUUCAACUGGAAUUUCACCAAUUAGCACCGAAAAUGUUGAAAACGUCAUACCGGAACACAAAAUGCACACAUUUUGCAGAAAUUUGCAACGCAGAUUUAAAAUUUCGAAACGUGUAACACAAUGCGACGAAAACGAAAAAAAAUCAAAGAAAUCAAAGCAAGAUCACGARAACACGGAAAUUAUGCAAGAAAAUAAUAGUACAAAGAAACCGGAUAUUGAAAUAUUGAGCGUUGAUAUAAUUCUACCAAAUGAGAAUGAAAAUCAAAAUGCGUCUGCAAAUUUUGGCAAAGAGCUACCAGCUGAAAAUAAUGUAGACGUUUUGCAAAUUCCGAGUGUUAUACAAAAAAUAAACAAAGUCGAUAAUUGGGGAGUGAGUACAUCCGAGAGUAUUAUUGAAGAUUUGACACCGUAUUUGAAAAUCGAAAAACCGGCGGUUUUAGCAACCGAUUUAAGCUCCCACGCCGCAGCUGAUAGCACCAGCGAACAGCAACAACCCUUAUCAUAUGUACACGAAAUUGAUUAUACGCAUAACGAUUCGCUAAAUCAGUUAAAAUUAAAUACUAUGGCUGACGAUAAACCGUUUUUUAAUACAUCUAUGGAAAGCUGUUUUAACGUUACAUUGCCUUGCGASAGCCAAAACAAUGCAGCUGAUGAAAGCAUGAUCUCCACUGCAUCGGAAGAAGAGCGAGAAAACUACACGCUACUAUGUUCUAUAGGCUUAAAAAUCAUUAUGAACCCCAACGCAGAGGAUGAAUUAAACUUAGCGCAAAUGGAAGAGAUGCGUGCAAAGGCAAAUACAUUUGCGAAAAUUUACGCUGAAUUUAAGUAUCUUUGGAAAUUUAGYAGAGGCCUCAAAAGCUAUGAACAAUUAGAGCUAGAUUUCAAUAGACUAAUGCAACGUUUAAACGAACAUUAUAAAUUCGAACUGACCAUAAGCCAAACGAAACGUAUUGUGAAUUUGAUUUCAUUAUGGUAUAAGCAAACAUAUCACACGAAAUUUAUGGAGAAAAAACGUAUCUUAAAUAAAGUACAAUAUUAUUUGAACACUUUUGCAUAUUUGCCGAAAACUACGCGACGCAUAUUUUAUUGCGAAGAGUGUCCACGUUAUUUUCUUGCACAGCAGAAAUAUUUUGCUCACCGUCAGGGACACAACGCGCUAGCGCCCACUUGCAACAAUUGUCAAGAGAGCUUUAUGAUUCGCAAAGARCUGCACUUGCACAGCAAAUUGUGUGCUACAUACAAAUGCAUGGAAUGUGCCAUUAAAUUUGAUAACGCCGCCAAUCUAGAAUAUCAUGUACGCAACAAUCAUAUAUUUCAGUGUGAGAAAUGUGGAAAAUUAUGCGCUACAGCGGCAGAUUUAGAUUGGCACGAACAUCAGUAUCCCAUAAUUUGUGGCUUGUGCAAUCGUUUAUGCGAAACGGCUGUCGAAUUGCAAAAGCAUCGGCAAGAAUCCUUUCACUGGGACUACACAUGCCGGACAUGUGAGACAUUUCUCCCUACGGCUACGCAAAUGAAGCAGCACCUGAGGCUAUGCAUGGGCAAUAAAAUGUAAUAUUUUUGAUAUAUUUACAUAUGUAUAUACAUAUUUUUUUUAAUCCACCAUAAUUUUAAUCAA